GCGGCUGGACGCACUGACGUACGUCAUGCUCGUGUCGCCCCUCGUGUUCUUGGUGUUGUCGUGUUUAUCGCUGUUCAUCUUCAUUGCGCUGCCUUCGCCCCCAGAGGCGCUGUCGCUGCCGGCGUGGCCCGUGCUGCGAUCGCAUUUUUGGCUCCUCCUGGGCAAUGCGCUGCUGGCUUUCUGCAUGAACGUGGUCCACGCGCUGUUCAUGAAAAAUAGCUCAGCCAUCACCUUCAUCCUCACAGGCGUGUUGCUGAAGGACAUCUUGAUAGUCUUAGCUGGGUCCAUACUCUUAGGCCACAGCCCGCGCAGCCUGACUAUUUGGGGCUUCGGUAUGCAGCUCGUGGGUAUCCUGAUGUGGUCGCUGAUGAAGGCGAGCCCGACCCUCGCGACGGACCUCUGCUUCGCGGCGUGCCCGGCAGCCACGCCGCGGUCACUCCAGGCCGGCGACCAGUGGGAGGAGCUCCAGACCGACAGCCAGGAUCCCCGGCCAGCAGGACCUGAUGUUAGAGUGCCGGCAGCACGCCGCCCACGGCCACAAGAUGUCGGGGCUCUCCACGUGCAAGAGCAGCGGCUCCGACAUCAGCCACGAGAGCACCAGGCUGCCGGUGGACGACUGGUCCCCGGGGCAGCUCUCCGAGCCGCCCAGCGUGAGGCCCCUCUGACGACCGCCGCUCGGCGCCAGCCUCCGCCCGCCGGGGAUCGCCCGCCGCCGCUCGGGCGCGUCCGCGAGCUGCCCGGGGCGCGUCCGAGCGCUGCUG